AAUCUAACGGGACAGGACGGCCCAGAGACAAGCCCAGGUAUCAGCUCCAUUUAAGGGUGGCGAACUGUACAACCAGUACUUAAGGGGACAAUCUAACGGUGCCGGGGCCGCGACAGACCCGCUGACGGGCUCGGAUGGCCCGCUAAGCCGCCAGACUGUCCACUAGGAGCCGGUAGAAGACUCGGGGAUUCCUUGGCGCGAACUUUUUGCAGCAACAGCUGUUUGGGCGCGGUACAAAAGGAAUGAAAAUGACCAGUAACGAGGGUUGGCCCGAAGCUUUUGGCUUCCGUAUCGAGGGGAACGUGCCAUGUUACAUCGUGGCCGUGUCAGACAAGAGCCUGGCACAGCAGGCGGGAUUGCAGCCCGGAGACCAGAUUGUAGAACUUGACGGGCACGAUGUCACCAUGAUGUCACGGGAGGGCAUCAUGGCGCUCGCCAAACACUGCGAGCAGGUCCCUCCCAGUCUGGGCGUGAUCUCCAGAAUCCGACAUCUAGAACUCGUGCCAGACCCAAAGGGUAACUACGGAGUGUUGUUUCGUGGAACGGGACCGGUGUACAUACAAGGUGUCGCCAAAAACAGCCCUGCCGUACACGCCGGACUGAAACCGGGGGACAUGCUGCUGGAAAUUAACGGGGUGUCGAUGCGACACAUGGAUGCGGCCAACCGGAUGAUUCGCAGCGGACGGGAUGUGCUGAGGUUAGCGAUCAUUCCUGGGCAGGGAGGGAAGCAGGGCGUGAGUACGCCGCCGGUGGUGAUGCAGUCUCCAAGAGAACCCGGGAUGAGAAGCGACAGGAGCAUCCGGAAACACAAUAAAGCAGUCAACUUCUUUACAAAGGUGAAUGUUGUGUUGGAAGAUGACCCUGAUCGGAAGGAAGAGUUGAUGCAGUUGUUACGGGACUACGCCUCCGACAAAAACGUGGAAACCUUCGGCAGAGCGCUGGCCUUCUUACUCACCGAGUCUGCGCAUAGGAAACUACUCAGUGACAUCAGGAUAUUUGUUCCCCAGCGCCAUCGCGGCAGGUUUGACUACCUGGUGUCACAGGACAUGCUCACCCUGCGGAGGGAGGUCAUCCGCGAGCUGGAACAGCGCGGUAGAGACAACAAACCAUCCUGGGACUCAUCUACGGUGUCAUCUCGUGGAUCUAGCAGGACCUCGUCUCGGAAGUCCAUUCUCCCCUCCCCACAGAAGGAAAGGAAGUUGUCUUGGAAAACCAGGGCGGUUGUUAUAGAAAAGGGCCAGGCUAGUUUUGGGUUUGUCCUACGAGGUCAUUCACCUGUCUACAUAGAGAGCAUUGAACCAGGAAGUGCGUCUGACAGGGCAGGGUUAAAGGUUGGAGACCAUCUUCUCAAACUGAAUGGACUGGAUGUCAGCUCUGCAACCCAUAAGAAAGUGAUCACACUACUGCAGGGGAGCGGCAGUAAGCCAACACUGGUGGUGGGGGUGAAGAAAGAACAAGAGAGAAAGUCGAGUGACGACAGGAAGAGCAUCUCGUCUGCGUCCUCGCUGCCGGCCCGCCUGACAUCCCGGAGUCGGUCUCCGAGUGUGUUAUCUCUGUCCUCCGUCACAUCAUCCCUGUCCUCACAACAGGUCACGGAGAUUGUAAAAGAUGGCAGGUCCUUCAAACAACAGAUGGAUCACUUGUUGACCACCUCUGAGAAGCAUCAAAUCAAAGCCAGCCUGAAGAGAUACAAGGACACCAGGAACGCAGACAGACUGAUCCAGGAGGUUUAUCCUGUGCUGGACACACCGGCUAAGGAGAAACUGUGGGGUUACAUCAUCCGCCUGCUGCCUACUGAAGAACAACAUGUCUUCAACAGUAAGGUCCUCACUGUCAGGACUAGUCAGAUACCAGAUCAGCACGAUACAAGUGAACGUGAAAACGGGUACUCUGACCAGGCUGACGAUGUUUCACAAACCAGCGAAACCAUUCACUUCAGCACUACCAAUGACGAUGACUCAUUUUCGCACAUUGAAGAAGCUGCCGACCUGUUGGUCAAGAAAUCACCUGACCUUCCCUUUGAGAGGUCGGAAGGAGACGGAACAUCUAUGGAGGGCUCCCCUGCCCACAAAGCAAAGCAUGGACCGGUCAAUGAUGACAAGGAGUAUACCGGGGACCAGAAUGGACCCAACCAAUCCCUAUCUGGGGGUGUAACAGCAAUAGAAGCAAACCACCAGGAAAGAAGACCAAACCACUUUGUGGAGAGGGAUGAACAGGCUACUGACUAUAGGCCUCCAAAUGACAUGGACAAAUAUGGAAGUGGACAAGACCAACAUCCAAACAGGGGGAGGGAAGAGGAUGUUUUUGUAAGUGGAAAUGGAGCAGACUACUACAUAGAUAGGGGUAGUUAUGAUGAUUACAGCAACAGGGCUGUAGAGGGACCAGAACAAUACCGAAACAGACAUGUCAGGCAGAGGUCAGAACCGAUUCAGUAUUAUGGAAAUGGAGUUCAGCAGUUUCAGAGAGAUGACAGUUUUAGGAGUUCAGGCAGACCAAACCAUUCUCACCAUAGGGGAGCUUCUCUGGAUUUUGGAUACGACAGACCAAACCACUAUGAUGACAGGGAGAGACAGGAUCAUGUUGGCUACAGGGAUCCUGAUGGACUGGAUUACUACGAUGAUAGGGGUGGACAGGACAACCAUAGGCACAGGCAAUAUGAUGGGCCAGACCACUAUGAAGACAGGGGUGGACAAGUGGAUCAUAGGUACUCUAAUGGACCAGGCCACUAUCAGAGUAGGGGUGAUGAUUAUGAUGAUAGAUACAUCCAACCAGAGUAUUAUCAGGACAGACGUGACCAAUAUGACCCCCGGUAUGGGCAACCAAAUGGACCGGUCUACAAUGAUGAUAGUGGCUAUCAAGAUGACUAUAGGCAACACAAUGGAACAGACUACUAUGAAAGAAGGGGUGAUCAGGACUCUAGGUACAGGCAGUACAAUGGAGAUGACUACAGAAGGCAAGAUGGAUCAAACUAUUAUGAAGAUAGGGGUGACCAGGACUACUAUGAUGACAGGCAGCCCAGAGGGACAGACUACUAUCAGGAGAGGGGUGAUCAGGAUCCCUAUGGCUAUAGCAGACAGGGAGACUAUGAUGGCUAUGACCAUGAUGACUACCCAGGGGACAUCCCUCCCCCACCCCCGGGCCCUGCCCCACAGUUCACCAGACAGCCACAGCCCCUCUACCCCCCAGAGGAGAUGACUGCAGAGGCCAUGAUGAGUCGACUGGCCCUCGCUGGGUCUGAUCUCAACCAGGCAGACAACCAGGGUAUCACACCAGAGUACCAGCAGGGUAUCACACCAGAGUACCAGCAGGGUGGCACACGGGGGUACCAACCAGGUAUCACACCAGGAUACCACCAGGGUGUCACACCAGCACACCAACAGGGUGUCACACAAGGGUACCAGGAAGGUAUCACACCAGAGUACCAGCAAGGUAUCCCAAGAGCACACCAACCUGGUAUCUCACCGGUGUACCAGCAGGGUAACACACCACUACACCAACAUGGUGUCACACCAGGGUAUCAGCAGGGUCUCACACCAGAGUACCAACAGGGUGUCAUACCAGGGUACCAGCAGGGUAUCACACCAGAGUACCAACAGGGUGUCAUACCAGGGUACCAAGGAGAAGCAGUGCAGCAAAAUGUAACCGAUCCGGGUGUCCCUCACAGGCCACCUGUACACAGACCAACUGAAAGUGUCAGCUCAUCAGAGAUGCAAUAUGAUACCAUGCUGGGAGAGUCCACUUCGUCUAUUCCGUUACCUCCCCCGCCGCCCCCCUCCCCACUAGACUUGAAUGCAAGUACGUCCAGCAUUCCCAAGCCCCCACCCCUACCCCCUACUGGAAAAUCUAAAGGUCCAAAGAUAAACAUGAACGUCAAGAGGAUGAACUGGGAGAAACUGGAGGGAGAGAAGGUCAAGAACACCAUCUGGGGACAGAUUGGAGGGGAUGAGUAUCUGCAGGAAGUGGUAAAAGUGAUGGAACUGGAGCAUCGUUUCAGCAUGAAGACCAAGGAUAGUUCUGAUGAAGAAGACACCUUAGAUGCACCAGUGGCACAGAAGAAGAAGAAAGUUGUUACCAUUCUACCUCACAAGAAAGCCUACAACAUUGCCAUAGUUCUGGGCCACCUGAAGAUGUCACAUGAGGAGAUCAGACAUGCGGUGCUACAGAUGGACGACUCACGUGUCUCACCUUCCCACCUGAAACAGCUGCUGGCCUACGCAGCUGAGGACGAGGAGAUCGAAAAGUUUGAGAAGUACAACGGAGUGUUGUCAGCUCUGAAUGACUCUGACCGCUUUGCAUAUGAGAUGAACAAGAUCCCUGGCUACAAGACUAGGUUAAAGGCCAUGAUCUUCAAGGCUAAUUUUGCCGAGAAGACAGAAGAGCUAAGACAGCAUAUAGAUGCUAUCUCCAGAGCGUCUUGGGAACUCAGGAACAGCCAAAAACUGGCCAAGAUUCUUCAGCUUGUACUGGCCAUGGGAAACUACCUAAACGAGGGAAACAUCCGGGUGGCUAAGGCCUCUGGUUUCCGAGUGUCCUUCCUGAGAGAGCUGGACACCACCAAGACGUCUGACAAGAAGUCCACUUUUCUCCACAUCCUGGCCAACGCAGUGUCCACAAACUUCUCCCAGUACCUGGCCUUCUCCAAGGAACUGCCUACAGUGCCACUUGCUGCAAAAGUGUCCAACCUACUUGUGGAACAAGAACUAGUGGAGCUGGAGUCAGUGCUGGAUGAGAUUUCAGAGACUGCAAAAAUGCUGUCUGCUAACACCUCCCAUGAUCCAAAGGACAAGUUUGUGGAAGUCAUGGGUGCCUUUAUGCAGAAGGCAGCAGGAGAGAUCCAGACCCUGCGGGCGCAGUACGGGGAGAGUAUGAAGGAGUUUGUAGCCGUGGCCGAGUACUAUGGAGAGGAUCCGGCGCUAACCACCUCCGAACUUCUCUUCACGAUCUUCGCAGAUUUUAUGCACAAGUUUGACAAAGCCCACUAUGAGAAUAUAACACCUAUCAAAAAGAAGGGGACAAGCUAGCAAGGCAGAUGUCUUCAAGGGACCUCACCCUCAUUUAUAGCUUAACUUCUCUGGUCGUUGGGGCACCAUGCAUAUGUCCACAUUUCUCCUCAUUAUGCAGUUCCCUGGGGUUUCAGUUUCUACUCCCUGCAGGUCUGUUAUCAUCCACCAGAUGGCACUGCUGUUCAUGUAGCUGAAGGCUAGAGGGCUCAGUCAGAGGGUAAUAAGGUGUAUUGUUCAGACCCCACUGUUGAGUAAAUUGCAACAUUCAAGAAGUUUAAGAGCCUUAGACAAGCAAAUUUCAUGCUAGCUGGUGCAUUGUCAUUAAAGGUCUUUUAAGUAACAUUUUUGCACCCAAAAUUAAGAUAUUUCAAUUGAGUGAUUGUAAUUUAUUUCCAAUUUUCAACAUGUUUGUGCAAUUAUCCUACAUUUUGAACAUUUAUGAUUGUCACUAAAACAAUCCACAUAAGGUGCACUCAGUUUGUGAUGCCACCACAAAAUAGCAGAAUGUAAACAAACAUGGCAGACAGCUGUGUUUCCAUCUUUUAAACACACACCUAAGGCAUCAUAUGUUGGCACCUCCACUUCUUUGCAUUAGAGUAUGGUUGGUUCAACUUACUCUGUAGAAGAAACUUCACUUGUUGUAUCAUACAAAUAUUACACAAUGCAGCUUUAGGUUUUUGUAGUUUUAAAAACACUUCAAUCAAUUUUAAGGGCCUUUGUAGCAUUUCAUGUAAUAUUCAUGAAGAAAUUAAACUGUGUAUGUACAUACAACGUUAUUGAAAAGAUUCUUUUAGCACAAAAAAUAAUUAUGAAUACACCACUGGUAAACAGGACCAUGUAGUCCAUUGAGAUUACAAGACAAUAUUGUGUAAUGCAAUGUCACAUAAUUGUUGAGAAAUGAGAAAACUGUAAUCAUUCUUACAGAAUGCCCCUAUGUAACAGUGUUUAACCGUGUACAUACAGUGAACUUUAACAUGCCAUAUCCAUUGCCAUUGUGAAACAUUACAUGAUAUGUAGCAUUACUCUCUAUAGCCACAUACUAUUAGUAACCAUAGGAAGUGUACAUAGAAAUUUCACAUAGAGAGGGAAAGAUUUAAUUAUCUUGAAAUUGCGUCAUAUUGCAAUUUCCCAUCUAAAACUAUGGAAAGUUUAUUGUUGAAUAAGAGAUUUUAUAAUCUAAAGUAACCACUGGUUAAAAAAAACAUCCGUUCAACAGUAUUUUACCUAGAAGUCAUUGGAUACUAUUAGUUAUUGUUUGCAUUAGCAUAUGAUUAUCAUAGAUGACAAAUUUGAAUCUAUUUGUUUUUUUUUAACAUGUUACCUAAACCUUGCCAUGGUAUCUGCCAUAUUCUCACAAAGAGAAAUUAAUAAUAAUGUAUUGCUAGUAUAUAUGAUCAUAUAAAUUGUGCAUAUACAUGUACAUUGAAACAUUGAACUUUAUGCAAAUCAGAUAUCAGGAAAAGGCUUCAAGUUAAUUGUAUGUUACAGAGAUUACUUCAUUGCAUUUAUUAUGCAUUUUAUCUCAAAACAUUUAAUUGAUUUCACUAAUUUAUUGAGUGCAACUGCAGUGCAUUUGUAGUAUACUACUUGAUUUUAAAUUUUG